AUGUCCCGGGGGAGCAGCUCGACCGACGUCCUCGAGCCCGAGGCCCGGGCCCCGGGGGUGAGCUUGAAGAUCGGUAGGACCCUCUCCAUGAGAGGGAUCACCCUCUGCCGGUGGAAAUUCGCGAUGACGGCAGCCGCCAUCAACCCUCUUCGAUCCAGGUGCUCCAACGCGUCGUGCCCGUGCCCCCCGCCCACAAGGCUCAAGCUCAACCCCUCGUCGGCCAAGGAGGCCGCCGCCGCCGACGGCGACCCGUACGUCCCCAUCUACAUCUCCUCCGACGAGGAGGACGGACAAGCGCACGCCUACUUCGCCCAGUCGUACAGCCCCGAGGAGAUCGAGAUCCAGGAGGCCAUCCUCCUCUCCCUCGACCCCUCGCGCGCCCCGGCCGCCACCGCCUCCUCAUCCGCCUCCCUCUCCUCUUCUCGCCCCACCGGCGUCUCCAAUCCCAGAGAACCCUCUCCCGACCGGAAGGGGAAGCGCCAGAUUUCUUCGGAAGACGGCUCGAACGGCCGCAGGAAGAAGCGCUCCAAGCGCAGCCGCUUCCACUGUGCCAUCUGCUUUGAGAUGGUUGAGAUUUCAGAGAAGUUUGUUGUGAGCCACUGCGCCCACGCGUUCUGCAACAGCUGCGUCGGGAGGUACGUCGCCGGGAAGAUCGCCGAGAACGUGGCCGUGGUCGAGUGCCCUGACCCCGGGUGCGAGGAGGGCGUGGUCGAGAUGGAUCUGUGCCGGGAUAUCGUCCCGCCUGAACUGUUUGACCGGUGGAACGUCGCGCUGUGCGAGAACAUGCUGGGGGAUGAUAAGUUGUACUGCCCGUUCAAGGAUUGCUCGGCGUUGUUGAUCAAUAAUGGCACAGUGAAGAUCAGGGAAACAGAGUGCCCACACUGCCACCGACUGUUCUGCGCUCGCUGCCGUGUGCCAUGGCACGAUGGGAUCAAAUGCAAGGCGUUCAGGAACCUUGGGGAUGAUGAGAAGGGGGAGGAUGAUCUGACGCUUAAGAAGCUCGCUGACAAAAAGAAAUGGCAGAGGUGCCCCAAGUGCAAGAUGUAUGUCUCCAGAAGGUCUGGGUGCUUACUAAUUAAGUGCAGGUGUAAGCAGUACUUCUGUUACAACUGUGCAGCCCCAAUGGACAAGAAAGUUCACUAUUGCAAUAAUUGCAGGCGCUAGAGAAAGGUGUACCCAUACCGUGCAAACUCUGUACAUAGCUUUUGGUUAGUAGACUGUGGUAGUGGAAGCAACUACCACCUUCCAUCCUUUAUUAUCUUGCCGAACUGCAAGAGUUCAUCUGCUGAAUUGAUCCUUAUAAUCGUGCAUAUUGAUAUUGAUCAAUUCACAGGAAUGCUUUUAUGCUGCAAGAAAGGACAACUUUGGUCGAUUAUUAAUUGAUUGGCGGUUGAGUUGGAGUUCAUGUGGAACACUGAAGCCCUCCUUGUGACUAUACGAAUUUAGUUCAUCUUGGUUUACCUUGUCCGAAAAAUUCUUAGACUCCACUGAAAAUUUUGCUUUUGAUUAAUUUUGCAGUGUCAUGUUGGUUGGAAAUGUUCUUUUGAUUCUCUGUAUGCCCAAGGUAUCAAUGUAUCAUUACAGUUUCGUGGGUUGCAAAGAGGCUUGGAACAUACAAUUGUAUGGCA